CAAUAUGGAGGCCAGGCAGUAAAUCGAGAAACACUGUGAAUAUUGAUUUAUAAACAAGUGUCAUGAUGUUGGAGGGCACAUCAGCCAUCCAUGUGGCCACCAUCCUGGAGGAUUGUGUGGACCAGCUCUCUGUCCUGGGACGCAUCAUGCCCGCUGCUUAUGAGGGCAAGUUUGAUGCUGUAGAGCUUGUUCAAAAUGAACUCAACCAGCUAGUGAUGGGGCAGAAGGAACUGGAACUUAAAUAUCAGACAAUCCUCUCAAAAAAACUGGACCUCCGAAACACAACUAAAAAUGCUGCUAAACUCAGUGAAGUGGAGCAAGAAGUUAUGGAUGCUGGACGUGACUUAAGAAACAGUACACAUGUUUUUGGGCGAAGUUUACGUCAGAAUCCGCUUACUAGUGAUAACACAGCAAAAAUCCAAGCUGAUAGAGGAUUUUUGGAGGGAGUGAUGAGUGAUACGCUGUCAGAAUUGAUCCAGAACUGUAGCUUUCAGGCGCUCAUGGAAGCAGUCCGGCUACAAAAGGAAAGAAAAGCUAGAUUACAGGAUACAAUCCUCAAAGAAGAAAAUGGACGUAAACGGGUCAAGCUUCUCAACAAACAACUACAAGACAUUAAGAAGGAGAAGGAAGUCGAACUUCAACAGAGGAACAACAUGAUCGCUCACUACAAAGAUCAGCUGCAGGAAAUGAAGGCCAAGACAAACAUGGAGGGAAAAUACACUAAAAAGUCGGCCGAAGUUGCUGUUGCACAGACUCAGAAACGAUGUCAGCUGUCAGAGCGGGAGCUGCAGACAGAGAUAGAGCAACUGAAACACAAGAUUGAUGAGGAGAACCGAUGUAACAUUGAAAUUGAGUCCUACCUUAAGACCCACCAAGAGGAAUUGGAGAAAAAGGUUGAAUACUGGCUGACCAAGUAUGACAAAGAUGUAGAGGCCAAACAACAUGAGCUGGAUGUCCUCAAGGCCAGUAAGGCUAAGGAUCUUGACCGCCUCCAGGAACUGACCAAACAGUAUAAGGAAUAUGAACAAGUAGUAGUUGAAGAUCGUAUUGAGAAGGAGAAAGCACGCCGAAAGGCAGACCAGGAGGCCAUUGAGCUUAAGGCUGCCAUCAGGGUACAAGCCUGGUGGAGGGGUGUCAUGGUCCGCAAAGGGUUCGGACCUUACAGUAAGAAGAAGAAGGGAAAGAAAGGCAAAAAAGGAAAGAAAGGCAAAAAGAAGAAGUAAAAUGUGCGUUAUCAUUGUCAGCUGGACUGUCGCAUUCUUCUUUAAGUGUGAAUACAAACCUCUGUGAUCUAGAAAUGACUGAAAAAUAUAUUUAUCUGACCUUCAAUAAAAAUUACUCGGACAAUAAAAUCAUGUGAUGACAGUUUUUAUUCAUUUUGGCUUUCAAAAUACAACUUUGGAUUUUUUCUACAUUUCUAUGUGGAUAAUUUGUUAGUAUAUAUA